AAGUAAAAUUAAGAGCCUUAUUGACUAGCAGCUCCAGCCCAUGAACCAAGCCACUGCCUCUGCACCUCUCAGAGCCUUGCAUGCCCACUUCCCUCGUGCAGGGGGACUCCCUUUCUGAAACCAGGGAGGUAGUUGUUAAUUUGGCCAUCUUCUACAAGGCUUCCAUGCUUCCCCAGCCUUGUUUUUCCCUCAGCCUAAGCAAGGGCCUGGCAGGGCCCAGGCAGGCUUGGAGCCAGGAGCUUGCCUACCCCAGUGCAGCCCCUCAGCCCUGGGGCUGGGCUGCCACCUGUGAGGGGGCAGCGUGGAUCUGAGUGUGCCGCCUGUGAGGGCUUGCCAUGGAGCUCCGGAGCGUCCCCCAAAGCAGGGGUCCUGCUGCAGAAGACAAAGGCAGAAGAGAAAAUCAAGUCUGGUAUUUGAAAAUAUCAAAACUGGCUCUGGCUUUUGCAAUUAUCCACUCAAAGCCACCAGGGAAAAGCUGCAAAGAAUACACUGAGCACCUAGCCAAAAUUGUAUCUGAACAAGAUUUUGGCUGGAGAUCGAAAGUUGAAGUACUAGAAGCUGAAGUUUUUCGAUUACGUCAAGAACUUCUUUUGAACAAGAUCUGUCGGAGAGUCUGCUUGGAAAGUGGUAAACAAGGUGCCUUUGCUGAAACUCUUCUGGAUCAGGAAUGUAUAAAUCCUGUGAGUUACUCAAGCCAGUUAGAAGACUCUGGAUGUGAUGUGUCUAAUGACUGCGCAUUCGAUUCUUUAGGCACUGUUUCUGAUUUUCACCAAUCUGAGCAUAAUAUUGACGCAUCUAAAAGUUGGUUGGAAAUAGUUCCCCCAUUGAAUCUUUGCUGUGCUAGCAAGGAUGAAUCGCUGACUGCUCCAGUACAGUUUUUUCAACAUCUGCUUGAAAUAAGAAAACUGUCAGAAGGAGGAAUUCUGCAAGCAGACUUUACGGAGCUUGAGAAUGAUUCUUUUACCAUAUGCAAUUCAGUGUCUCAGUUGCUUGAUGGACUGACUGCUUUUUACAACAGUCCUAAAUUUCCCGUUUCAAAUGUUCUUACUGAGGCAGUUUGUGUUUUGAUCAGAUUAAUAACUGAUACUAAAUUAUCUAAUCAUGUUCUGAAGAAAUGUUUCAAGAAGCUGGAAGAAUUUAAGAAAAAUCUAAUUCAGAUUAUUUUAAGAAACAGCAGUGUCAAUAGGGUAAGUUUAAAACAUCUUCCAUCUUUUAUGUACCGUUUCAGUAUAAUGUAAUACUGUUCUGCUUUUAUGCUUUUUAAAAUAUUGUCUUAUUGGGUUCUGAAAGGUACUUCUUACAAAUUAUUCUUGUAGUUGUUCUUUUUGUGUGUGUGUGUGUGAUAUGGCCGAUGAAUGCAUUUGAAUAAUUUUUGCUCAUGCAUGCAAUUUCUUCUAGUCUACUACUGAGUACAGGACUUUAUAAGAACUGUUAAGAAGGCAGAUUAAGACAAAUUUAGAGAAAGUAUGAGAGAAAAAUGUUCUGUCUUUCUUGCUACAUGAGGAUGUAAUGUAGAUAUUCAGAAAGUAAUGAUUAUAAUUUUUAAAAAUUUUUAGUACACCUAGAUUACAUAUGUUGGUUUGCUUCAGAUCAUCUCUGUCACUCGGUAGACAGUUACAAAUUUGUAUUUUAAAAAUAAAGCAGAA